AUGGAUUUCACGUCUAUGACUAUGGCUGAUAACCCGACAACUACGACAGCUGCUGCCUCCCCGACACCUACCGGGACGAUGGUUGGUGGUAGGGUGAAUAGUGCGUCUGGUGUUGCGAGUGGGGGAGGAAUGUUUAUGGGUGAUGAUGCUGCCGAUGCGCUCCUGAAUGCACAUCAGUUUCACCAUCCGUCGAUCCCAGCUCCACAUAAUAUGGCCAAAUUACGCAGAGACUCUAUUGCGCACACUCAGGGGAUGGGGGGUGUCUCCUGGGGGUCUUUGACCAUUGGUUCGUGGCUAAGAGAUGAAGUUAUGUUGCAUGCUACGUUGAAGAAUGGGAGAAGUAAUAGUACAUCAAAGAACGCUACAGUGCAUUUACAUCCUUCGCACCGUAAUAGUACGUCGAAUUCGCCACCUUUAUUGCCUCAGAAUAGUGCAAGAAGGCCGUCCCAUUUUUCUGCGGGCUCACCACCCGCUGCUCAUAAUGCUUAUUUGCCGAAUCUGGAGCAGCAGUACUGUAAGGAUUACUCGUGUUGUGGUCUAUCAUUGCCGGGGCUACAUGAUCUAUUAAGGCACUACGAAGAGGCCCACAUAGCUACUUCGCCGGGGACAACUAUGCCAGCUACUCACGCUGGUUAUUCAGCAUCAAAUACCAAUGCCGCGGCAUCGCAGCUAAAGAGGAAAUCGCAACAGGCAGUACAACAGCGACAACCACAACAUACAAACUAUAGAAACCAACCCCAACACCAUCAGCAACAGCAGCAUAUUAUACAACAGCAACCUCACCAGCGCCAUAACCAGGGUCCUGGCCAAGCCAUGUCCCAGCAGAGAGUUCCCCUGUCACCGGCAACGGCAACGACGGCCCAUGGUAAUCUCUCUAUGGGAACGGGCAAUUCAACCAGUUCCACUGGUACUACAUCGUCUAGUCAGGUUCCACCACAAUUGCAUCUAAAUGGGAAUCUCGUGGAUGCUGUUUCGACGAAUGAUGUCUUCUUGCAGGCCAAUAAUACUCACCUUUCAUCUAGUCAUAAUCCUCAUAUGCUAAGGCGACACGACCAAGCAGCAGCAAUGCAUAACAACAACGUGGCUGCACAAAAUGGUAAGAUCCCCAUUACGCCGCAACAUUCGUUCAAUGCCUAUUCUUUGAACAUUGCCUCUAAUUCGAAAGGUGCACAGGCUAGCAAUAGGAUGAACAACAUGAAUUUGCAUAAUAACGUCCCAAACAGUAACAUCAACAACAUGAACAAAUUCCCCAAAUUCCCCAACAACAUGCAUGCGGCGAUGGAAUUAGAUUUCAUGGAUGAAGAUAUUAUAGGGGGAGAUGUUGAUGAUCCUGCAUUUAUGCGCUUGAGUAACCCAAUCGCGCACACUACUGAUGGCUCUUUUGCCGCUAUGAAUGCAGCUAGGUUCAAUGCGAUGAGUAUGCCUACGGUGGGACAACCGACCCCACCUCCAAGCACAACUACAGGAACAGUACCGCCGCACGUAAUACACGACGAAGAGGAGGACGAUGACGAUGAUGACGAUGAUGACGACGAUGACGACGAUGAAAUGGCAGUACAGAGCAGCAUCAACACCAAGACCAAGUCCUCUCAACAAAAUAAAGGCUACAUCGAUGAUCCAGCAAGGAGAUUAUACGUGAUGGAUCACGAAGAGCACAAGCCUUUUAAGUGUCCAGUGAUUGGUUGUGACAAGACUUACAAAAACCAAAAUGGUCUGAAGUACCACAAACAACACGGCCAUCAAAAUCAGAAAUUGCACGAGAACCCAGAUGGAACAUUCAGUAUAAUAGAUCCUGAGUCCAAUGAACCUUACCCUGAUGGUAUGGGCUACGAGAAAGAUAAACCUUAUCGCUGCGAAGUCUGCGGUAAGCGUUACAAGAACUUGAACGGUCUCAAGUAUCACAGAGGGCAUUCAACCCAUUGA